AUGAACUACGCGCACGAUCCCAGGUCCAGAUACGCAGCCAACGGCCCCGUUGCAUCGUACAAUGACUCCAUGGGUGCCGGGAAGAGUGGCUCGAGGGAUGAUUCGUCUAUCCCCCAACCCCGAACCAUUCAGCCUACCCCGCGGCCUCAAUCGGCAUACCUGACAAGCGCGCCCAUGCAAAUGACGUUUGCUCAAGCCGCCGCAAUGCGGCCAGCCCCUGAUAGAUACAGGCGCCCAAGUAUCCAGCAACAGCAGGUCCGACAGCACAGCGCCGGUCCCUCGGGCUCUGGCAUGGCCGCCGUCGGUCACCACUACAGCCCUCAUGGCACAACCGAUAGGACGAACGCUCCCGUCGUCGGCUCCCGUCGCCCUGCCGCCAACAAUCGACCCAGUAGUUAUUACAACCCUGCUGACGAUCUGCAAUUGAAUCGCCAGGCCGCUGAGGAUGCCAAGCGUCCCAGGCGACGCAGCGUCCACACACUCGAUUCUGCCGACCAGCCUAAGUCUUCAGCCCCACAAGAGGUAGCGCCAACCCAAGAGCGCAUCCCAACGCCCAAGAAUGGCAAAAAUGGGGAACAGAAAUCCCUCCGCCUUGUGCCUGGUGAAGCCAGCACCCACAUUCGCAAUGGAAGCUCUGAAAGCCUCGCUUCCAGCCGGAGCAGUCACUCUCGACCAACAUCAUCCGCCAACCGCAACGUACCAGCCCCCACUGGCAACCCCUCCUCCUUGUCCAUCACUUCGAAUCCUGAUGAAGGGUCAAUGAAGCAAGACCAACCGAAACUUGUCAACAUCCCUCCCCGAAACUCAUCGUCAGAUGCUUCCAAACGUACCCUCAACCCGUCCCCCCUCUCCAGACCGGUGACCAUGGGCGACACGGCUGCGCAGAACACGGCUUCCUCUUCAGGCGAAACUCCACAGCAAUCGGCGACCAACAUGAGCAGCCCAGCUGCCCAGCACCUGGCGGCUAUUAAUCAGAAGGGUGCCAGGUCGAAGAGCAAGACGUCGAGGCUGCGACGAGCCUUCUCUUUUGGCAGUGCCGCUGAUUUCAAGAAGGCUGCCGAGCCCAGCGGCGAAGUGACCGCUGAUGCUGCCGCCGCCACAGACAAGACCGAGCCGUCCCGUCUGCACAAGGAGCCUAAUGCGGACGAGAUCUACGACGCGGAGCAAGCUGCGAUCGCGAAGAAGCAGGAGGAGGGCGGUCUCGGAAACAGUAUCUAUGGUGGAAGAUUCUUUACCGGUUCUACGGACAAUCUGUCCGUCUCCUCGACGGCGUCGUCGGCUUCCAUCAUGAUUCGGAAGAUGGGCCGCGGGAUGAAGAAGAGCACUCGCUCGUUGGUCGGACUAUUUAGGCCCAAGUCCGUCGUUGGAGUGCCUGCUGCGGACGGACCCUUGAUGCCCGAGGCAGCCAGGCGGCCGUCAUGGUCUCUGAACGAGAGCGGCUGGGAAGUUCCGGCACAGACAACUCUGGCAAUCGCAAGAGCAUUGUUGGGAGGAGAUCGUGAACGCGCCGAGGUCUUGGCUGCCGUCCGCAAGGGCAUUCUCAAACAUAAUGCUGGCGCUGCUAGCCCAGCACGCGAGAAAGGGGCGCCUUUCGAGCUUCCUGCCAUCCCGACCGUAUCAGAUUCGCCAUAUCGAGCGCCCCCAGCACGCCCAAUGAUGAACGCUGGGCACAAGCGCACAGGACUCAUCUUCCACGACACGUGGCCGAGCGGCGAGUACGAUCGCCGGGGCGACAUUGCCACUUGCAACCGCCUCACGCCUAUGCUGGCGCAGCAAAUCAAGGAAGAGCUCAACUCGUUCAAAAUGCACGAUGAAGAAAUCUUGUCAGCAUUCUGCUUCUUGAUGAGGGGCUCUGAACCUGAUUCAUGUAUCCGCACUCAUUUCAUUCCGUCAAAGCGUCGGGGCAAGCAUAGGGAGUUCUGGAUCAAAGAUGUCGUUUGGCCAGUAAUGUCAGAAGAGCGGCUGACGGUAUCAAACAUGUGGCGCCGGCUAGAGCACGCAAGACGAGGGCCAGAAGACGGCCUGUCUGAAGCUGAACAGACUCACAAGACGAGAGUCCGUGGCGGUCAGCACAGCAUUCAUACAUUGUCUUAG